AUGCUUGUAAAUGACUCUGAUUUCUCUGAAUCUGAUAAUGAUUUGGAGAUGCUCAAAGCUGUUACUAUGGAUGAAGAACUACUAGAUAGUGAAAUGGGAUCAAGCUCACGUCAUGGUUCUGUUCGAGGUCAUAAAGUUAUUCAUCGUGACCAUAUUCAAGAUCAUGAAAGGCUUUUUCUCAACUAUUUUGCUGAAUCGCUUAUAUAUCCUCCUGAGCUAUUUCGAAGGAGGAUGCUUGCUUAUGGAGUAGCCGCUGAUUUUAUGGACGAAUAUGUGAGGAUUGGAGAACGCACUGCAAUAGAAAGCUUAAAAUAUUUUGUUAAAGCAGUUGUUGAUAUUUUUUCUAAUGAGUACUUGAGGUCACCAAACAACAAUGACAUCACUAAACUGCUAGCGGUUGGUGAAAGUCAUGGAUUUCUUGGGAUGUUGAGGAGCAUUGAUUAUAUGUAUUAG